GAGGGAUCGACCGAGACCCGAGAGCUGGAGAAGGGAGAGGACACCAGAGCGAGAGUCGGGGACGACACCGAGAAACGCAGACGCGCAGGGAGGGGGCCGUGUAUAUAUAGAAAGAGAACGCGAUGCGGUAACACCUAGCCACCGAGACCGUGGGAGCCUCGCAGCCCACGGAGAGCGGGGGAGUCCCACUUUCUCUGCCGAGCGGCCCCCGCCCCGCCUGGGUGCAAACAGCCGUCCGGGCUCGGCUGGGAUUGUAAGGUGUCCUGUGCCCUGGACCCCGGAGCGUCGGUGCCAGAGCUGGGCUCCCGCCCGCCCCGCGCCUCCCCGGUUCGCGCUUCUCUUCUCCUUCAGAUGGGACUGGCUCCCUCUCUUUGCAAAGCCAGGCCGGCCGGGAGAUGUGAGCAGUAGCUAGCAGCUGGUGUGCCCUGGACGUCGCUGACCUCAGCACGCCCCGAUCGUGUGUGUGUCUGUCCACAUGAGUGGCUCUCCCAGCAGACCCAGCGUCAAGCCGGUUCCCCAACCUGGUCUGCUGAACGCAAACCGCUGAGAGUUUGCUGCGCCGCCCCCUGGGGCCCCGGGCUGCCGAGUCUCGCUAAGGCAAAGACGCAAGCAAGCGAGAGAUCGCAGUGGAAGACAAACAAGCGCGCGCGAGGGGAGCCCCAGGAGGGCGGCCGGGUGGCUAGCAGGCGGCUCCCGCCGCGCCCGGGUCGCCCCGCCGGCGGCGGCGGACGGCGGGGAGGAAGCGCGCUCCGAAAAGUUCAAGACUACGGGCGGCCGCGCGCCGCGUCGCUUCGCGUCCCUUCCUCGCCGCGCUCCAGGAAAAGGAACUUGCUCUUCUAGCAGCUAGAGACGCGCGAGUUUCCUAACGUGAGAGGGUACCGUGUGUCGAGGGGCCGGGGUGGGGAGCAGCGAGCAGGAGACGCGAGCGAGGCUGCUGGCCGAGGGCGUGGAGGGAGCGCGGAGGCGACAGACCCCGAUGCCGGCGGCCAACAUGAUGGAGAACCUGCAGUUGCCCGCCCUGCAGGUGCCCGAGCCGCAGGGCGCGCAGGAGAGCAGCCCGGUCUGGUCCAGCUCGUCUACCCCCACGCUCCGCCGCCGGCGCUUCAAGAUGCGCCGGAUGAAGAACGUGCAGGAGCAGAGCCUGGAGGCCGGGUUAGCGCAGGACCUGCCUGUCGUCUUGGCUCCUGGUAAGGAGUUCCUGCAGCUGCCGUCCAUCGAGAUUACGCCCUCCAGCGACGAGGACACCCCGUGGUCCAACUGCUCCACACCCAGCGCUUCCCCGCGCCGAAAGCGCUUCCUUCUCCGCAAGUGGCUGAGGGUGAGGGAGCGGAAGGAGUGCAGUGAAAGCAGCAGCCAGCAGAGCAGCCAGCAGAGCAGCCAUGAUGACGAUUCGAGCAGGUUCCUGAGCCCUCGAGUGCGGGAAGAAAGCACUGCCAGUAACUCCAACCGCAGCACACCGGCCUGCUCCCCCAUCCUCCGGAAGAGGUCUCGAUCACCAACCCCGCAGAACCAGGACGGAGACACCAUGGUGGAGAAGGGCUCAGAUCAUUCCUCGGACAAGUCCCCAUCCACCCCGGAGCAGGGUGUGCAGCGCAGCUGUUCCUCACAGUCCGGCAGGAGUGGUGGCAAAAAUUCCAAGUCUCACAAGCGCCUCUCAAAAAAAAGCCAGAGUUGGUACAACGUGUUAAGCCCCACUUACAAGCAGAGAAAUGAAGACUUCAGAAAGCUCUUUAAGCAACUUCCAGACACGGAGCGCCUCAUUGUUGAUUACUCAUGUGCACUCCAAAGAGACAUUCUUCUUCAGGGCCGACUCUACCUCUCAGAAAAUUGGAUCUGCUUCUACAGCAACAUCUUCCGCUGGGAAACUCUGCUGACAGUCCGUUUGAAGGAUAUCUGCUCCAUGACAAAAGAAAAAACAGCUCGCCUCAUCCCCAAUGCUAUCCAAGUUUGCACUGAUUCAGAAAAGCACUUUUUCACUUCUUUUGGGGCCCGGGAUAGAACCUAUAUGAUGAUGUUCCGGCUCUGGCAGAAUGCUCUCCUUGAGAAGCCCUUGUGCCCCAAGGAGCUCUGGCACUUUGUACACCAGUGCUAUGGGAAUGAGCUGGGCCUGACCAGUGACGACGAGGACUACGUGCCCCCUGACGAUGACUUCAACACGAUGGGCUACUGUGAGGAGAUCCCUGUAGAAGAGAAUGAAGUGAAUGACAGCUCUUCCAAAAGCAGCAUCGAGACCAAGCCAGACGCCAGCCCACAGCUUCCCAAGAAAUCCAUCACCAACAGCACCCUGACAUCCACUGGAAGCAGCGAAGCCCCCGUAUCGUUUGAUGGCCUGCCCCUGGAGGAGGAGGUGUUGGAGGGCGAUGGGACUCUGGAGAAAGAGCUUGCUAUUGACAACAUCAUCGGGGAAAAGAUUGAGAUCAUCGCGCCCGUGAACUCCCCUUCAUUGGACUUCAAUGACAAUGAGGACAUCCCCACCGAGCUUAGUGACUCUUCAGACACUCAUGAUGAAGGGGAGGUCCAGGCCUUCUAUGAAGACCUGAGUGGCCGGCAGUACGUGAAUGAGGUUUUCAACUUCAGUGUGGACAAGCUGUAUGACCUUCUCUUCACCAACUCGCCCUUCCUGAGGGAUUUUAUGGAGCAGCGAAGAUUCUCUGAUAUCAUCUUCCAUCCAUGGAAAAAGGAAGAGAAUGGAAACCAGAGCCGAGUGAUUCUUUAUACCAUCACCCUUACCAAUCCCCUAGCUCCCAAAACUGCCACUGUCAGGGAGACACAGACCAUGUACAAGGCGAGCCAGGAGAGCGAAUGUUACGUGGUAGACGCGGAGGUCCUCACCCACGACGUGCCCUACCACGACUACUUCUACACCAUCAAUCGCUACACACUCACUCGCGUAGCCCGGAACAAGAGUCGACUCAGGGUCUCUACAGAGCUGCGAUACCGGAAACAGCCCUGGGGGUUAGUAAAAACCUUUAUCGAGAAGAACUUCUGGAGUGGGCUGGAGGACUACUUCCGCCAUUUAGAGAGUGAGUUAACCAAAACGGAGAGUACCUACCUGGCUGAGAUGCACAGACAGUCUCCCAAGGAGAAGGCCAGCAAGCCCCAGACCGUGCGGAGGAGAAAGCGUCCCCAUGCCCACCUGCGGGUACCUCACCUGGAAGAAGUAAUGAGCCCCGUCACCACACCCACCGAUGAAGACGUGGGCCACAGGAUCAAGCACGUGGCAGGUUCCACGCAGACACGGCAUAUUCCCGAAGACACUCCCAACGGUUUCCACCUGCAGAGUGUUUCUAAGCUGCUGCUGGUUAUCAGCUGUGUGAUCUGUUUCAGUCUGGUGCUGCUGGUCAUCCUUAACAUGAUGCUCUUCUACAAGCUCUGGAUGUUGGAAUACACCACCCAGACCCUCACUGCCUGGCAGGGUCUAAGGCUCCAAGAAAGGGGUCUGGGAACACAGGAGAGUCCGCUGAGCAUAACUCCAGCUGCUGGGGCACCCCUUCUUCUACCCCACAGGUUACCCCAGUCUCAGACAGAAUGGGCCCAGCUCUUAGAGUCCCAACAAAAGUACCAUGAUACUGAGCUCCAAAAGUGGAGGGAGAUCAUCAAAUCCUCAGUGAUGCUCCUAGACCAGAUGAAGGACUCACUCAUCAAUCUUCAGAACGGCAUCAGGUCCCGGGACUACACAUCCGAAAGCGAAGAGAAGAGGAACCGUUAUCACUGACAAGGCAGGAACAGGGGUGGCUGCAAGAGGCCUGUGCAAUACAUGCUGUGGGACAAUCAUCCCAUUUACCCCUUGAUAUUGACAUCCUCGACCCUCAUCCCCCAACUUCCAGCAGGCUGGCCCUACUCCCUUCCACCUCUGUCUUCUUCCAGAAGAUGCAUUUUGAGUCCAAGAGGAGUGUUUUUCUGGAAGGCCAUCAUUCAACGCCCCUGCUUCCCUGAUGUGGAGCAGGAAUUUGCACAUGGUGUAGAGAGCUCCCCCUCCCACCUCUCUGCCCAGCCUUGUUACCUCACUCCUGCUCCGGCCAUGGCUGUGAUGGGCCCAGCCAGCUCCCUGUCUUGGUGUUGUGUGUGACAGCUCAGGGGUCUUGUGACUCAAGGUCCUCAGCAGGCCUGGGAGCCCGGAUUGGAGCCUUGGCUGCUGGUGAGAAGCACCUUGCCUGCCAAGAUUUGCUGAUGCCAGACGAUCUCCCCAACAUUUGAAGGCCUAAAGGACAUUGUCAUCUCGGCCCCUUGGCCCUCCUUGCUUCUCUCAACACAAUAAGACAUUGCAGAAACAAAAUGGCGGCCUAUGCUCCAGGCACGACAGCAGGCUCUGUCUGGGGACUUGGCCCUGGGUUUGUGUGCCGUGUGCAGAGAUUGCACAGUAAAAACAACCAUUUUUGCCAACAAGAAUGUGUGGCUCCCCACAUUCCCCUACCCUGCACUCUAGGGCCAGACCACUCUCUGCAUGGACCAGACCAUCUUCCCAAACCCAUGGUGCUUUUUUUCCCCCCACUCAACCUAGACUCCAAGGUGGGAAGGGAUGAAUCAGAGGCCUUAGUGGCCCCUGGAUAAUCCUGACAUGGGGUGGAGUGGGGUGAGGCAGUGGGAGGAGCCCCCAAUACUUGCACUGGGCCAUAUGUGGGAAGGCUGAUUGCAUUUGAGUUGUCUGGCCAUCCGUAUUUGGAUCUAUAACUGUACUUUGCCUGGCGCUGUGCGCAAGGUCUGAAAACUUACUGCUAGUACCUAGAACCAUACAAGGCUACCUAGCCAAAUAUUAAUGUAAAGUAGCUAGAGCCAUGGAAGUACAGUAUGAAUUAAAAGAAAAAAAAAGUAUUGAAUUCCAAAUAA